UUGAGCAAAACCGGCCGACGUCCGAGUUCAGACGUGUCCCUCAAACAGCAGCCAUGGCCUGAAUUAAAAAGCAACUAUUGUGAAUUUAGGACAGGGCCUCUAAGCUGGGGGACAGAGAAUCCAGGAGCUGUUGUUUUGAACUUGUCAGCCAUGUGUUCCAUGAAGCACUCAAACUGGGUCACGUUUGAUGAUGACAGCGCGCCCCUCUCGACGCCUCAAAAACCCUUGCAGUCACCAGGUCUUAUCAAAGCAUCAGUACCGCGUCCCAAUGGUCUGAAGUUGGUACUUCCGCCAAUCAAAGAUACUUCCUGGGCCUUCAUAAAUUCCCUAGAGUCCCCUCAAAGCCAGUCAAGUUCUAGUGGAAAAUCGUGUGCACCGUGCAGAACCCCUGUUUCCACUCCUGUGAGUGGGGUACCUCACAGCGCGUCUCCAUUUAAUUCCAAAUCAUCGGAACCAAAAGCCUUUUCUCGGAGUUUCUCCAGCCCACCAGUCUUUUCUGCUCCCUCUCCCACAUCAGAGACCCUAAAUCACACAUCAGAUGGACCAAGCCCUUUCCCUUUCUUCCGGGGAAACCCGGGACACUUUAACCCCUUUUGGGACGAUUCGAGAAACAGUGCAGAUGCGGGCAGCUCCUCCUCAGACUCAGACACAGACAACAGCCUACCACGUUUCUUUAUUCGGACCAAAGAUGGCAGCGAGCCUCCACCUGACCAGCUACAGAACUCCUUGUCUUAUGCUUGCAAUAAAAUGGAAGACCUACGGGUGGAAACAGGCCUUGAAGCAGAGCCGCAGAACAAUGGGGAGAAGCGGCUGAGCUGCAGAACGGAGGUCUUAAGCGACGAUUCAUCUCGGUUUGUUCCUCGGGGCCUGUUUCGUAGUGAGAAGAGAGACGGCUGGUCUGUCAUGCUCAGGAUUCCUGAAAAAAAGAACCGCAUGUCUUCCAGACAGUGGGGACCCAUCUAUCUCCGCUUGCUGCCGGGAGGUGUGCUGCAGAUGUACUACGAGAAAGGCCUGGAGAAGCCAUUCAAGGAGUUCCAGCUUCUCCCUCAGUGUAGGCUCUCAGAUCUCAAAGUGGAAAGUUACACAGAUCCCCGAAAAGUCCUCACAGUUAAGGUGGAGCAUUUCUCCUACACCGAAAAGAAACGCUUUCACCCGAAGCUGGAGGUGAGCCAUGAAGCAGAAGUGGAGCAGUUGCUCAAGUUUGGCUCCACGGUGCACGAUGACAUGGAGGAUCUGGUCAUCUCCAUGGAGGAGGAAAUCUUCAAACUGCCUGUGCCCCACCUGCAAAAGCGGCACUACGAGGAGCAGGAGCUGUCUCUGCAGAUCACCGAUCACAUUUGGAUACAGCUGGAUAAGUCGGGGGGAGUCAUAGAGCGGACAGCCUUCACCCAGAUCCACUGCCUUGCCUUUCUUAAUGGACAAGGGGACUGCUUUCUUGCCCUAAAUGAUCUCGGGUUGCUGCAUUCCAACUCCAGUUACGAGUCUGAGGAGCGUAGUGAACUCUGGAUGGAGAUUGCGGACUGCCACUUUCACAAAUGCGUGAACGAGACGGAGUUCCACAGGUCCCGGCUCAUUAAGUUCUCACCUCCGGAUGCGUGCCGGGCGGAGUUAAUGCGGUACAAAACCUCGGUCCUGGGUUGCACAGAAAUUCCCUUCUCAGUCAAAGCUGUGGUCACGGUUCAAGGCGCCUAUGUGGAGCUCCAGGUCUUUCUCAACAUGUCCGCCACCUUCCUGUCCUCCCUCAGUGUAUCCGACAUGCUUUAUCCACUAUGUGAGAAUGUUGUGAUCCGUGUGCCAGUUCCAGGCAACUGGGUGAAAGUGACUCAGACUGUAGCCUUACUGAGGCAGAGGUCUCUGAAGGCACGGAUGAACAGAAACGCCUGCCUGGGCUCCAUCAGCACUGCAGAUUCACAGCCUGUCAUGCAAGUGUCGAUCGGCUCCGUCAAGUACGAGAACGUCUACUCAGCCGUCGUGUGGAGGAUUGACAGACUGCCUGCCAAGAACACAGCCGUGGAUCACCCACAUUCGUUCUCCUGCAAGUUGGAGCUGGGAUCUGAUCAGGAGAUCCCAAAUGACUGGUACCCUUUUGUCACGAUGGAAUGUGAAAUUAUGGGCGCAGUUGUGUCACAGACCAGGGUGAAGUCUCUCGGUGCUGUGAAUGACAUCCAGCCACAGAAACAUGUGACCAGUUGGACACGCUAUCAUUGUCAGGUGGAGGUGGAGAAGAAAUGGAUUGAGACAGAGUCACAGAGACAGUCUGGCUUUUGCGUCAUGCUGACCAACACAGGCCCAGUGGCUAAACUCUACUUGUCCAUAAUUGACGAUGUGAUUGACAGCAUGAAGGAACUCUUCAUAGAUGAAGGGCUUGAAGAUAGGGUUCUGGACGAUUUGAGGCAUUUGUGGGAGUCAAAGGUGAUGCAGUCAAAAGCAAUGGAGGACUUCAGGAAGAACAACAUCAACUCCUCUAACUUCGUGCUGCAGCUCCCUGCCAACUAUGGACAAACUGAUCAGGAACUCACUGUUUCAACUGUGAUUCCUGCAAGUCGGAAUAUUCACAGCUUACCAGUUAAGAACACUUCAGAGACACUUGCUACUUUUUCCCUCCCUGCUGCAUUAGCAUACCCCGUGCAGAUUCCAGCAGGUGUCACUCUUCAAACAGCCUCUGGUCAACUUUACAAAGUCAAUGUUCCUGUGGUGGUUACUCAGGCCCCAGCGGGCCACCAGCCUGCAUCCCGUCCCACACGCAGUCUCACAGAGUGGAGGGAAGCACCUGCCCCUCAGCCAGAGGUGGCUCCGCCGAAUCCUCCUCUUCCUCCUGAGUCAGAGCUGCCCUCUGUUUCAGCCUCCACCAUCGUACAUCCAAGAACCAGCCUACCCUUGAGUCAGGAGAGCCGCCUUCCUCAAUGCACCUCAGAACCAGAGCUCCCGCUGGGAGAAAAGGAACCAGCUCCUCAACCUGAACCCACAAACAACAGGGAGACGGCCUCGCCCUGCGGUCAGUUAUUAGGCUUCCAGCCCAGCACAGGGGACGCUUCGGCAACGCGGGCUCAAAGCGGAGACAUUGAUGAUAUUCUGAAACAAGUGAUUGAGGAGGAGCGAAAGAAAGCAGAAAGAGCAAGGAAUCAAACCGCUGGAAACGCUGACGGCCAGCCUGGAGCUGAUCUUGGGCUGGACUUAGACUACAGCUACAGCGAGCUGUCAGACAUUGUUCAGCUAGAUGGCCCUGCAGACAAUUCUGACCACGAGGAGGAAGAGGAGGUCCCCUUGGAAGAGAAUGACUUCUUGGGUUUAAUCAACGCAGAGGCCAUAAAAGCCCUGCAGGAGGAAAAUGCCAGCAGUGACAGUAACAGCAUCUCCUCCGGCAGCGACAGCGAGGCAGUGAAUGAACUUGCAAUCGUAGAGGAGGACCCCCUGAAUUCAGGUGAUGAUGUCGUUGAGCAAGACAUCCCAGACCUUUUUGACACAGACAAUGUAAUUGUGUGCCAAUAUGACAAAAUUCACCGCAGCAAGAAUCGCUGGAAGUUUCAUCUGAAAGAUGGGGUGAUGUGCUAUGGAGGCAGGGACUACGUGUUCUCUAAAGCUGUUGGGGAGGCAGAGUGGUAAUAAGCUUUAGUUUUGUUAGCUUACUCUCAUUGGGAAAAGAAAACAAUCUAGGUUACUGGGGAAGGGGAAAUAAUUAGUAAAAAUAGAUGUCUGUGUGGUGUAAUUUGGUUUGGUGAGAUGCAAGUUUAGUUGCUGUUUUUUUUUUCCCUCUCCCCUCCCCCCACAUUAUGUAAUAAUGAGAGCAAAACUAUUUGUCACAGCCAAUUACUUUGCUCCAGAUAAACAUAGAUUUAUGUUUUGACUUGCUGAUAGAUUUUCAUUACUAGAGCAAAACGAUGUUUAUUGUGUCGUUGAGUCUGAAAAAUACCAAACAUUUACGUUUUUUCUGCUUGUUUUGCUUUACUUUCUAAUACAAUUAACUGCACUGUUGUGCUGAAUUCACAAGCAAAGCCUGAGUAACUUCUGUCUCACUUUAUUGUCU